AUGAAUGGAUAAAUUCAGGAAAGUUUCGAGAAUUAAAUCAAAAAUGUUACUAAGGACGAAAAUGAGAAAAAAUUUAAAUUGAUCAAAGAGUUCAGAGGUUAAUUCAAAUCGUCAUAUAAAUAAAAUAGGUAUAUUUUUUGUUUUGAAUAAGAUUUUUAUCUUGUAUUUAGUGUUGGAAAAUAUCUAGCUUCUUUUUAUAGUUUAUAAUAGAGAGAUUAAAAGUGUGAAGUAAAUCCUUUAGUCGUUUGGUUAACAAUAGUAGGAAUGUAUGAAUUUUUUAAUUCGAUUCGGUAGAUACCAAUCAUAAUGUAGGUAUUUAGCAGUACGAUAUUCAUUACAAAUGAAUUCCAAAGAUAUAUUUUUGUUAGUUCUGCCAGAUAUAUUAAUUAAAACAUCAAAUGAAACCAUGAAUCUUAGUAGUAUGUAAAAAAGAAAUAGGUAAUUAACUAUAAAUAAAGUCUAAAAGAAGAGCAUAAAUUAAGAUUCUUAUUAAAAUGAAAUUAUCCACUUAUGAAAUCUCAUAAUAAGAAUUGAUUGUUGAACCUCCAUUCACUAUAUAUGAAAUUAUCCAUUAAACUGAAGUCUUAAAUAAAUACACUAUAAUUAUGAAACUUUAUAAUUAAUUCAGUAUCUACUUGAUAUUUACAGGAGGAAAUGUAGCCUAUUUCUAAUCAGAUUCUAAUGUUUGUGAUGACAGUAAUAAAUUCAUUUCUAUUUUUUAGAUUUAAACAAUGUAACUUAUUGGAUAUUUAUUUUCAGCAUUUCUCUUUAUUAGAUUUGGGUUAGCUAUUAUUUCCAUGACCUUAUAUAUGUCAAUUAUAAUAUUCAUAUUUUUAUUUAAGUUCACUUUUAAAAUUAUUAAUAAAAAUCAAACUUAAGUAAUUCCUUUUGUUAUUUUAUCUUAGAAUAAAAUUAAAAAAUGCGCAUAUUUCAUUAUAGUACUUCUAUAGAACCAUCUAUUUUAUAAUGUAAUAUUUGCAUGUGUGAUUAUGCUGAAAAUGAUAAAAUUAUCUAAUUACCAAGCAGUAAUAUGUAUAUCUAUAUUUUUAUUUAGACAUCACUCUCAAGAUCAUUGUUUUUAACAAUAGAUAUUAAUUAAAUAACAAUGUUCUAUUUAUCGUAAAUUUCUUUGA